UACACGUAAAUAUACCAAAGUCAGCAUACAAUAUGUGUAUAUCGUAAGCGGCGCGGUAGAGACACAUCUGUAUUAUUUUAAAAACGGCUUUCAAAACGUAGGCGCUUCAAAAUGUCUGAUUACAUUUUAAGAUCGCAUUGUUUAGAAAGAGAAGUUGGACAAACAUCCGCAGAGGAUAAUCAUGGUCAGUACCAAGACAGAAAAUCGUUUUGCCAGCAAAAUGUAUGUGAUCAACAUAGUGAUGAAACACAAAGUGUAAUGCCUGAAAAUGAUGGUUCAUCAUACUUUGGGGAAUUGGAAAAGAUACUGUCUGCCCAAAUACAUAUAUUGAACAUCGCAAGGAAUAAUGCUUUGCAGGUAAGAGGAUCAUGUGGAUUAUCACAACGCCCUAAUGAUGUCCCUAGAGCGAAACCUGAGUUUCCAAGAGAAAAUGCAAAUCAUCAUUUCAUGACUGGUAUGUCCACAAGCGCUAGAAUCAACAACUUUGAGCGCUGCAAUAUCAUCAAUGAGCCUAACAACAAUAUUCCAACGGAAAUGAAUUAUGCUGAAACAACAUUUCCUUUUGUAAGUCUUUGCGUUUACAUUUUAUCGCUGCAUGGUGUUAAUGGCAAAUAAUUAGGUCUAUGACUCAGUGCAUCAUCAUACCGAAACACGUAAUGGACAUCUAAC